UUUCCAUGAGCUGAACAAGGGGGAAGAAAGAACAGGAAAAAGGAAGAGAAGGGCAAGAAAGACAAGGAAAACAGGAUGGCUGAGGUGUUUCUAAAACUAAACCUGGGCAAUUAGGUGCUACGCUGGAAAGGGAGGAAAAAAAUUGAGGUUGGUAGAAUAAGGCGGAAGAAGAGGAGGUAAUUUCAGAAAAGCAAAGGAGUAACAGUGUUGUAGAGAGGCAAGGGAGGGGAGAAAGAAGAAACUAGUACACAGAGUGCUGAAACUUAUAAGCAUUCUGGAUAAACAGUUACAAAGAAGUUAAAAAAAAAGAAGCAAAAACAGAGACGAGGGAAGAUUGCAUCCGGAGCUGACAGGUGAAACUCGGCUAUCCAGGAUGGACAAAGUAGAGCGAGUGAUGAAGAUGGUGAAGAGGAUGUCACCAAGGAAGAAGAGGAGGGAAGGAGGGGGAGGAAGGGCAGGAGGACCAGGAGAGCUGGAGAGCCCAGAUACCCUGUGUGAUGAACUCUGUCGUUUCAGCCUCUGCAUUAGCGAUGAUGGACCAUAUGGGAAAACUAAGGAUAUCUCUGGACCAGAGCAUACCAUGGCCUCAAGAAGACAUAGCAUACCUGAAGCUCUGCGGGGGGUGACUAUGGUGGAGCUGGUGAAGAAAGAAGGCAGCACACUGGGCCUCACCAUCUCAGGAGGAACUGAUAAGGAUGGAAAACCACGUGUAUCAAACUUACGACCUGGAGGACUGGCAGCCAGGAGUGACCAGUUAAAUGUUGGGGACUACAUCAAAUCCGUGAAUGGGAUCAAUCUGACCAAACUGCGGCACGAAGAGAUAAUCAGCUUAUUGAAAAAUGUAGGAGAGAGGGUUCUGCUGGAGGUGGAGUAUGAACUGCCCCCCACAGCACCAGACAGCACCUCAGGGGUUAUAUCAAAGACAAUUGACAUCUGUUUGCACAAAGAAGGGAACAGUUUUGGUUUCGUCAUGAGAGGUGGUACCCAUGAGGACUGGCACAAAUCACGCCCUUUAGUGGUCACCUAUGUCAGGCCAGGAGGCCCUGCAGACAGAGAAGGUACCCUGCGCCCUGGCGAUCGUCUCCUCAGUGUGGAUGGUGUGCCACUACACAACGCAAACCACAGUGAUGCUCUCAGCGUGUUGGCCCAAUGUGGCCAGGAAGCCCUGUUCCAAAUUGAGUACGAUGUAACUAUCAUCGACUCACUGGCAAAUGCAUCUGGUCCACUGUUAGUGGAAAUAGCCAAAUCUCCAGGAGCAACACUGGGCAUCACGCUGACAUCAGCCAAUCAUCAAAACAAACAGGUCAUUGUCAUCGACCGGGUUAAACCUGGCAGCGUGGUGGACAGAUGUGGAGCACUGCAUGCUGGGGAUCACCUGCUGUCUAUUGAUGGGACAUCAACAGAGCACUGUACGGUUCUGGAGGCAACACAAUUAAUAGCAAGCACAACAGAACUGGUUAAAUUAGAAAUUCUUCCCUCGCAUCAAACGAGGCUAACUGGAAAACAGCAUGACACAGUCAAGGUUCAGAAGUCGGACCAUCCCCACUCCUGGGACCCUUGUGUUAAUUACUGUCCCCCUCCAAACUCCACUCUCUGCAACACAAGUUCGACCCUCAAUAAAUCGUGGACAGCCUCUAACAACAACACAAUCAACAACCUUGACUACUGCAAGUCUCUUGUAUCAGCCAGUUUCUCUCCUGCCUCUACAACCACUUCUGGGCCCAGCAGCCAGAGCUCGAGCACGUUACCCAGGCCCACUGUUCCCAUGAGUCCCCGUAAUUCACUGCUUAAACGGCGGCAGAGAAAGAAAGAGCAUAAGAGCUCCUUGUCCCUGGCCUCCAGUUCGGUGGGUCCAGGUGGUCAGGUGGUUCAUGUAGAGACCAGUGAGGUUGUCUUAACAGGUGACCCACUGAACGGCUUUGGUGUACAACUACAGGGAGGAAUAUUUGCCACCGAAACGCUGUCAGCACCACCACUUAUUCGAUUCAUAGAGCCUGACAGCUCUGCAGAGAGGUGUGGCCUGCUGCAGGUAGGAGACCGUCUUCUGUCGAUCAAUGGAAUCCCCACAGAAGACGGAACACUCGAGGAAGCCAAUCAGCUCCUCCGAGAUGCUGCAUUGACCAAUAAGGUCACACUGGAAAUAGAGUUUGAUGUAGCAGAAUCAGUGGUGCCAAGCAGUGGUACUUUCCACGUCAAACUGCCGAAGAAAAGAGGAGUGGAACUGGGGCUCACCAUCAGUGCCAGUAAGAAGCCAGGAGAGCCUCUUAUCAUUUCUGACAUCAAGAAGGGGAGCAUGGCUCACAGAACAGGAACACUGGAGCCUGGAGAUAAGCUGCUGGCUAUUGACAACAUCAGACUUGAAAACUGUUCCAAAGAUGAUGCGGAGCAGAUCCUCCAGCAGUGUGAGGAACUCGUCAAAUUAAAAAUACGUAAAGAUGAAGACAACUCAGAUGAGCAGGAGACAUCAGGCAGCAUCAUAUACACAGUGGAACUGAAGCGGUACGGAGGCCCUCUGGGUAUCACCAUCUCUGGCACUGAGGAGCCGUUUGAUCCCAUCACUAUAUCAGGCCUAACUAAGAGAGGCCUUGCAGAAAGGACAGGGGCUAUACAUGUAGGUGAUCGGAUCUUGGCUAUCAACAGUGUCAGCCUGAAAGGGAAGCCGCUGAGCGAAGCCAUCCACUUGCUGCAGAUGGCUGGAGAGACGGUCACUCUCAAAAUAAAAAAACAGCUUGACAACAUAGAAGACAGGAAGACAGCAGAUGUAGAGGACACAACAGAAAACGAGAUCAGUGACCCUGAGGAGGACGAUUUGACAGACAGCCAACAAACCAACAAGCUAUCAGAGCUCUACUCCACAACAAUACCCAGUGUUGACUCUGCUAUGGAGUCAUGGGAUGGCUCAGGGCUGGAUGCAGGCUAUGGGAGCCAGGGUACAUACACCCAUCAAGCAGCUGGUAUCGCUCUACACCCGCAUGAGUGGCGUAGUGCCAAGCAGCAACGAAGUACCACGCCUCCUCCUGGACGUCGGAAGAACUACCCGUUUAGUGACGGAGGCUUCAGUGAGGAUGACUGGGACAAACCACCAGGAUUUAUUGGCCAGCAACCGGAUGGCAUUCUAUUGGAUCCAGAAGAUAGUUUCUGGUGUCAAGCUCUGGAGGACCUGGAGACCUGUGGCCAGUCAGAACUACUAAGAGAAAUAGAGGCAUCCAUCAUGACAGGCACAGCCAUCAGUCUUGGUGUAGAUGGUGUCAACAAGCCUCCAUCUGAGCCCAUACUGACCCACAGCAGGAUGAGCCCAUUGCGGCGGAAUUCUCUCCUGCAUCAAGCCAACUUGCACCACCAGGGAACACACCUCCAUCAGGGUGCCCAUCUUCACGAGGAAGCCCACCUUCAUGAAGAGGCUCAACUUCACCAAGACCCCCAUCUGCACGAGGAGGCCCAUUUCAACCAGGAAUUGCACCUACAACAAGGGGUCCACAUUCACCAAGAUAUCCAAUCCCCUCUCCUGCACCACGAGCCCAAGUCAAAGGCCUCACUGAGAGUAUCAGAGAGGACAUGGGAGUCCCGUCGGAUCAAAGAAGAGAUGCAGGGUAUUCUGUCACCAACACCACUAGAGCUUCACAAAGUAACAGUGAUAAAGGACCCAGAGAGUGAUGACUUUGGCUUUAGCGUAUCAGAUGGUUUCUUGGAAAAAGGUGUUUAUGUCAACAUGAUCAGACCUGAUGGCCCUGCUGACAGAGCCGGGCUUAGACCCUAUGACAGGAUCCUGCAGGUGAACCAUGUAAGGACGAGAGACUUUGACUGUUGUCUGGCCGUACCUCUCAUCACAGAAGCAGGAGACAGACUUGAACUGGUCAUCAGCCGCAACCCACUUGCCAAUGAUGACCCAGAGGACAAUAACAACACUUUAGACCACGCACUUGAUCUGUAACACAAAUACAUACACGUGCACAAAACAUACAGAAGACAUAUUGUAACUGGUGAUGAAGCAUAAACUUAUACAUAGUGGAACUGGCCCAAAAACGCAGACACACACUCACUCACACACACACUCCACCGGCUUGCAGUAUAUCUGUUUAAAUACAGAGACUCCUACUGGAACACACAUCCUAACACUUGCAUGCUCACACAGUCUCCCCAUCCCAUUUACAAUGGGUUGAACUGCUUUUAUACAGUACGGUCUGUAUGAAAGCAUCACCACAAUACAGAAAAACACACCAAAAGCUCUCCCGAUAACUGGCUGGACUCACAGUGUUGUUUCGAUUUCAACAAUGACUUACUCGGCACUUUAAAUAGCCAUUUUUACUCAUUUUAACCUGCAAUACGGGUAAGAUUAUUUCAGUUUUUAUUGCAAGGCCAUAUGCUCCCAUGAAUCUACAGUACUUGCACCUGAGAGAUCUGCCUUAUACAAUAUUGUAAGUGAUUUUACCAGAGAAAAAUUCUCAGUUUCGAGUUUCCAUUUGUUUCACGGAAGGUUACUAACAGAAAACGGAACAAACAGUUCAUAAUGGGAGUGUGUCUAUAAUAAAUGUAGCCAUUGUAGAAUUUCAUAAUGCUGCUAAGAUUCUGCUCAAACACUGCUGCUCACUUGACAUUACCAAGAAAAAAACAAAAUUCUGGAGUGAUCAAGUAUAGCUCUUUUUUUCAAGGCAGACUUCUCUAUUGGAUCUUACUGCACAUUAUAAUGUCACUUUGGUGACAUCACAACGUUGAUUUAUGAAGAUGUCAUUAGUGAUGCCAUCACAACUGCCAAACUGUUAUUUUGUUUCAUGCUAUCAUAAAAUGAAAGUGAAAGGAGGGAAGGGUGUAAUUUCUGCUCCCAAUGAAAAAUGGUGUCUUAAGUGGAAUUGACCAAUCACGGCUUUUGCUACACCAUAAAUGAGCAGAUGACAUGUGGCUGUGCCCCAGAACAAACUGUACUGCCAAACGAAGAACAUCUACCUGCAUUUGAAAUGUGCCAAAUGUCAUGACAUUAUCCACUAUAUCAAUAGCUGUCUGAGAUCACUGGGUUCACCUCAUCAUAUUUCAUUGCAAGACUACAAUGUCAAGCAACAGUAGCAUUUCAAAUUCAUUUCAAAUCGCUAAAUUAUUAGAUUUGAGGUUCAGAGUGAUUUAAUGUAACAUUAUUGAAGAGUCUCAUUGUCAUGGAUCAUUUAUGCUGUUGUAUAGAUGUUAAGGUAGUGGGAACAACAAGCAACAAGUCAUAAAGAAGUAACAUUCUCUUUGUUGUGGCUUUUAAUUUAACAGCCUUUUAAACUAGGACACACAGUUCAUUCAAGUAAUAGCUAUAGAACACUACUGCUGUUUGGAUUUAUUGGUAACACUCACCCUUUUGCACAAAGAUUAUGAACAAAGUCAAUAGCAUCAUCUGCUAUCAGACCUACUACACUAGGUUGCUGGUGAAGCCAGACUAUGGACAAAUUUCCGACACACACAUUUCUUACACAAAAGGCUCUGAUAACAAAGGAAAUGAAACCGUGGUGUGUGUGUGUUAUGCAUUUAUUAUCAAGCCAUUUUGUUGUGUCUUUCAUGGAUGUCUGUUUAUGAUGUGUAAUUUGUAUGUGAGUGUAUCAGCAGGUUCUAUUCUAAGGUGCAAUUGGAAAUUUCCAGAGUUCGGCCUGAGUUAAACUGAGCCACUAUCCUUUAAUGGUCAGCACCCUUUGAAGCACUGUGAGCAUUCCUGACUACUUGUGUGUGCUCAUUUGCAAUUUCACCGUGGAUCCAAGAUUUAACUGAGAACAAACAUUAGUUUGAACAGAGUUUGUGCCAAAUGUUUUGUCAAGGAUUGAGAGCUGGUUUUCCCACUAUUAACCUUCACCACAACAUUAAGUGUUGUGGUUUCCUUGACUGACAGCUCAUUAGUGCAAGAUUCUAAUCAGUUCACAUAAUGCUGACUAUUGGGAAAAUAGUAAACUAUUCUCUUCUUCCUAAAGCCUCCCCUGCUAAUAUUUAUUAGCAACCUUGUCACAUCUUACAGAUCCCUUCUUGAACUAAACCUGAUCUUAGUUGUGCAAUAGUUUUAAAGCCCUAAGUAUAUUUCUACUUCUAUUGCUAAGGGAAUGUUAAUUUCUAAUUCAAGAGACAGCCAACUACAACCUUACACUUGCAAUGUGGUUAGACACACAAUCUGUAUUUUUACACCAAUGAUGCCUCAUUAAUGAAUGAGGCUACAGUGUCCAAGGCCAAAGGCAGUACAUCAGGUCAGAAGCACAACAAGUAGCAUUUUAUUUUAAGUUUGGAGUGGUGCCCCAUGAAUAUUUAACACAGCUAGUCCUAGCUGUAGCAUCAUCUUGUACAGCUGCAAUUUAUUUAUCUAUUUGAUUUAUUCUUCUUUGUGUCAACAUAAGCUGUCACUCAUCAGCCAUCAUACUAACCUGUUUUGGGUUUGACUUUCCCUAAAACUAAAUUUCAGGAUGGUUGAUUUUAUAAUCAAGGGCACUGUGCAUCCGACUAACAAUAGUCAGAAUGCUCAAAGUAGCUGGAGCACUGAAAUAUCCUUCACACAGAAACUUUAGAACUUACAAGUCUUCAAGUUUCAAGUUUUGCAACCCCAGACAUUAAUUCCAUUUCCUUCAGACCCCUGAUUUCUCAUGAUUUUUUCUUAUUCCUGCCAAAAAUGUAUUUGCUCUAAUUAUCUUUGGAUUAACUGAAAUUGGGCUGGCUCUUGUUCCCUCCUACUGAUCUUGGCAGUUUAUGAAUGUGCUGUGCAAAAGUAGGUGCUUAAAUUCUACAAAGUAGCAGUUAACUUAAAUAAAUUGCAGUAAACAGAAUAAAACUAAAAACAGCACCAAUCUUUUACACUUUAAGCUAACUGGCAUCAUCCAAAUAUUUCUAAGAACUUACCACAGUUCACUUCUUUGUCUUCUUUAAUCCUAUUGAUAGACAUGAUGAAGCCAUACAAUUUCAAAGAAACUGCUCAUCUAUGUAUGGGUUGCUGUUAGUUAACAUUUAAAUACUUAUUGCAGUAUUUUAUAAAUGCGCAAGUUGCAAGAUAAAGGUUUUGUCCUUUUUGAGGAAAAAAAUAAAUCUAAACAUCCUUUGCACACUUGUGUGUGUACACAUAUUAGCAUGAAUUAUGGUGAACAAAAAUAUAUGGAGUAUAUGAUGGAUACAUUGUCAGUAUAAGGAUAUUAUUAUGAGUGAGUAAUAGAACAGCAUUUGUUCUCGACAAGACUGACAAAAAAAACCUAAACUUUGAGAGUCAAAACCCCUGUUCCUACCAUUUUCUUAUGUUGUUAUGUAACAGAAUUCAGCGGCACCCUAUAAGAAUUUCCAUGUCUGUAUGGGUGUGAAUAACAAAACAUAUGUGAAUAUGACUACAGAAGACUUCUAUUUGUCAACGUUUCUCUGUCUAAUACAUGUAUGUGCAAAAAAUGUCCACUACUUCUGGGCAUACACUGUUUCAGAGGUGUGUGUGUGUUUGUGUGUAUGUGUCUGUGUGUGUGUGUGUGUGUAAAUUAAUUUGUGUACAUUUCAUUGUACAGUAGUGAGGUUUUAAAGGAUUGUGGGCCUUUAUAUUUUUAUUUCCAAAAACCGGAAAAGGCUUAAAAUAGUGUAAACACACACACAUACAAAAAAGGGACAUUUACUUCUCUCCAAGCACUUACUGCUGAAUAUAAAGCACACUGUUGAAUACCAUGCACUGUAAGUAUUUUCAUGUACAAUGGAACAAACUUUUGUAAAGCAACAAAAAAAAUGAAAAUGCUGAGAAAAGCCUUCUGAAUUGUUUUUUUGUUUGUUUGUUUGUGUUUUUUCUUUUAUGUAUGUAUGUGGCCAUGUAUACUCCCUAUGCAUUUUUGGGUCAAAUGUCAGUUUAAAGCCCAAUCCAGAACUAUAACAACUGUUACGCGCGGAUAAGUUUAUAAUACAAAAAAUGUUAUUUAAUUCCCUGUGCUUUUUCGAUUUUGGGGAAAAUAAAAAUGUUCAUGUGAAGAUUUAAUGGUAAUGUACCACAUUUUAUUAGACUAGCUUGUUGGCAUUACUCCCCUGAACCCAUUAAAUGAUUUCAGUACAUUAGAUAAGUUAUUACAUAAUCCACCAUAUAUUACAUCAUCAGCUAAAGUAAAGCCCUUUCACAUGCCCACGCCUGCUCGGUCACUCACAAAUAUACCAUGUAAACAUGGUUAAUCUUGUCGUACAGCUUAAAUAAAGGGCGAUUCUGACCAGAGGAUGCUAGUUCAUAGCUAUUGAGCAGUAAGGAAAGCCAAACUAGGUAAAUGUUACUGGGUAAUUACUUUAUGCUUCUAUAAAAAGUUCCUGUAGGGGAGAGAGCACAUGUUGCUUUUUCUACCGCACGAGUUGUCAAUGUGCAACGCAAGCCAGUCAUGUACUCAUGAUUUUGGUUGGGAGACUACAGUCAAAUAUUUGUGUUACAUUACACCUUUCUAUUAGCCGUGUCUGUAGCCAGGACAAUCUUUUGGCUCUUUAUUUUUAUUUUUGGUGUGCAUUUUGUUUUGUUUUUUAACAUGCAGUGUCUAAAUUGGACAGCCUCAGCUGCAGCAAACUGUGGGUAGCAAAACAUUCAAUGGCUGCAAGGAAACUACAUUAUCUUGUCACCUCUUGUCAACUCAACAAAUCAGAAAAUUACCAGUAACAGAUAAAUAAUGUUAGCUGAACACUAGCAAGUUGUUACAACUAGCAAACUAUAGCACCUACCAAUCUGACCAUUAGUUAUACAUAAAUAACAAAUACAAUCGUGACAGCAAAACUACCCAAACCAGUGUAUUAGCUAUUUAUAGCCAUUUUAUUUACAACUUGCCACAAUAAGUGCGCAGCAACAAACCUACUUAAACUAACCAGCUAUAAGUAGGCUUGUUGCUGAGAACUAUACAAUGAGUCAAUAAGAUAUCUUGUUAGCUUACUGGCCUGUUUAAUGACAGUUGUUGAUGAGCUAACUUAAAUUUCUUCUUCGAUAUCUAGCCAGUUAACCUAUUUAGCUCAAUGAUAAACACAAACACUGACUUCUUCGUUGCAGUCAGCUUAAUUAUGACUUGAAACUGAGAAAAUGAUGUCAUGCUGCACAUUUCAAAAGUAGGAAAUGUCAGUGUCUCCAGUCUUUGUUCCUAUUAUUUUUUUUAUUAAUGGGUUUAUUUUUUAUUAUGUUUCAUGCUUUAUUUUUUAAAGAUAUUUUGAUUUGUUCUUUUGCCUAAUAUGUGUUUGGAUGUCAAAGUUGCUACGGUUCUGGACUGGGCUAUUAAUAAUGUACGCAUUGAUAUUGUGUAUUUUUUUUCCAAACUGUGUAAAGUUAUAUUCUAUGUAAUAUAGUAUUUUUCUAUGACAGUAUGCUCUUCCAAAACAUAGGAAGAAAAUACAAAAUGAAAAAUAAAAUGUAUAACUUUGUUGUUGUCAUUUUGAUUUGUUUGUUUGUUUGUUUGUUUGUUUCAUUUUCUAAGAAACAAAGAGUGUACUGCUAUACUUCUCUUUUUGAGAAAAGAAAAGAUUGCAAAGAAAAAAAAAUAAAAUGUCUAAUUUUA